AUGCCUCUCUUUUUGCUUACGCUUGUGGUGCUCUUGACCUUUCAAGCGCACUCUUAUGGAGCUAAUGAGAUCGAAAAAAUAAACAGCAGAAGCAAUCUGAAGCAACAUUUCAGGAGCAGCAACAUUAUCGUGGACGGACUGGUAGAUGAGGAGCGAGGGACUAGUUUUAUGAAGAAACUCGAAGAAAAUAUUCCAUUUGUCGGAAAAGUCAAGACCAAGAUAAAGGAAAACCCGACAGUCGUAGAGGCCAAUGCAAAGUUAGCCAAGCAUGAAACACUCAAGGCAUGGAUUACUGUCAUUAAGGAUCAACUCAUUGCGAUUGCGCUUAUUGCAGCUAUGGCAGUGAGUGGCGGUCUCAUCAUGUACUCCAUUACGAAAUAA